AAAUUUUUGAUUUUGGAUUCUUAAAGAAAAUAAAUUUGAUAACAGAAAAAAUUUGACGUCAUUACAUAAAGCAAAAAUAAUGGAUGCUCGAAAACAAAGAAAAUCUCUUAAUGCUGUUCACAACGAUGAAAUUUGGAAAGAUCAUAUCAGUAGAGAAAUCGUGGCACAAAAACAUUGGCCUGAAAAAUGGGGAUACGUUUUGGAUAUAUAUAAAGAGAUUCAAGCAGAAACAGACAGCAAAGAAGAUCAUCUUAAAAACAAUGACAGAGAAAAUACUUUUCCAAAAACAAAUGCCCAGAUGAUUGGAUGGAAAUCGUCUGUAAAUAAGUUGAAUCAAUAUGGUAUAUCAGAAAUUAGAGCAAAGGGAAAGUCCGAUAUAUUUAAAACAUUUGACUGGCCUCAAGAAAGCCAGUAGAAUAAUAGAAAAUUUUUUUUUUAAUUAUGCUUAAAAAUAUUUUGAAAAAUAGUUACGCAAAUUAA